CUUGACCCAGAACCACGAUCAUCUCCGGUUUUUCCCACGGUCAAGGACUGCCGAUGUCGAGCACGACGCACAAGACGACGCCCUCGGGUGCUCGUCUAGUUUCGCUCGACAUCGACUAGGGUCGCUAGACUGCUCACAGCCGUCGUCGCUCCGCGACACGGCACCGUCCCAGGACGGCGUGGUGACCAAGUCCCACCGGCGACAGCGCCAGAUAUUUCGUGCGCACCCACAGGAACGAUCCCCGCACCCCAGUAGGACCUCGAGGUAACCUAGAGGACGUCGUCGAGAGCAGACAGACACGUCAGGAUGCGCUUCGACGUCGAUGGAAGACUGAGAAACGAGGCAGUACUGCCGAUACUAUCGGUUACCGAAGCAAGGCCUGCACGUCCCCUUAACGAUGGAUGCCCAAACCAGUUCGCCUUAAUCGCGAGCGCAAGCUACGCGAACGAUAAAGUCGCUCCCUACACACCACCGGCCGAAAGUGGCCCUUGGCAAAAGCCGCGCCACCCGAGCCCGAGGGGACUCUGCGGCCACGCGACCGACCUGGACCUCCAACGUACGGUCGAACACCACGCACCCAACCACCCUCCACCCUCCAUCCACCAUCGCCAACUCUAAGUUAGCUUCCUAUGGCCCGCUCUAAGCAGAACGCUCUCCCGCUCCCCAAGGCGGCGACGAACCCCUCAGCCCCGGAGCCCUCCGCCCCCACCGCCGCCCCUCCCUCUACCCGCACCUCCUCCCAAAAACAGUUCACCCCAUCCGGGCCGGGCGUUGUCAAUGCGCACGGAUUUUCCGCGUCUCAACCUGGCCAGUUCAGAAUGCCAGACUUCCCGAUACCUGGACCGACUCUCCCCGGCACCGCCGACGAUCACACCCGGGAGCGAUCCCCCAGCGACUUCGACAUGGAAGACGCUACUCUACCGCGUAACCUCGACGAGAUCGACGAGGACGACACCCCAUUCGAGACCGUCUCCUAUAAAAAGGGCAAAGGGAAAAUGCCCAACCCCAACCCUAGCGUCGUCAACGGCGAGGGCUCGUCGAGCGUGAGUGACCCACCCCCGGCUGUCAACGGCCAAAAAAGGCCUCACGCAGAUGUCAGCGACACAGGCAUCGACGAAGGGGCUGACCGACAGCACCGUCGCGAGUCGCUGGGCCGCCAGGGUAGCCCCUGGUUCGACGACUCCAGCGACGAGGAUGGGAGCCGUCCCCUUAGAGAGAGGAGCGGCCCCUCCGGGCGCCAGCCGCCCCUCCCCAGCCCGAUUCCACAGGCGGGCAGCGGUCAAAAUCCCCCGCCCCUCCCCAAGCGCCCGCCGCCACCGCGCCGCCUAUGGGUAUACCCAACGCCCAGAACCCUCCCCCCCUCCCUCCACGACGGCAAUGCCGUUCCAGCCGCCGCCGCCACAACCUCUCCAGCCGCCGCCGCCGCCUCAGCAGGCGCCACAGCAGCCUCCGCCGGUGCACCAGCAGCAGCCACAGCAGCCCCCGCCGCCCCCUCCCCAGCAGCAGCAGCAGCAGCAGCAGCAGCAGCAGCAGCAGCAGCCGUACCAGCCGCAACCGCCACACCAACAACCCCCUCACAUGCCAGCGCCGCACGCUCCACAACCCGCCGCACCGGCGCCCACACAGACCGCUGCUCAACUCGGGCUCCUCCGCAUGCCGGUUCCUGCGACGAUGGAACGCAUCGCGGGCUACACCCAAACCUCGCUCCUCCGGAACGUUGCCCCUGAACAAUCCGUACUCGCGGCCACCUCGCCUCUCGUCGCCAUCGUCCAUGACUCACGCUAUAACCUUAACCGCCAAGCCGACUGUGCCAUGGUGGAGGGCGUCAUCGAGAACUUCGCGAACGACGCCAAUGCGAUAGUCGUCGCCCCCGAAGCAGCUGGGCCACCGAGCGCUGAUGGAAGCCCCUACAUUCUAUUCGUCGCCGCCGUCAGCCCCGGGGCUGCCCAGCAACUCGGAGUCGAGCAAACCUUCUCGACCUCAACGAUUUCGGUUCACUUCCUCGACCAUCACCAGCCGAGCGACUUCGUCUGCACUCUCGAGGGCGGCCGGUGGAGACUCGGCGAGUCGCAACAAGCGGCGGCUAGCAUUCGGCAAUGUCUUCUCGAGAACGCCGCAUUCCUUCAAUGGUUCGCGACUAACCGCGCGGCCGGAACCGGGAACGAUUUCGCCACGGCGCUUAACCACCAGCUCGACACCAUCUACGCCCGCCCCAUCCUGCUACGCGAAGGAACACGAGACGAACUUGUCGCGAUUAACUUCUUCAUCCAACCCGUCUCCCGUGUCGACCGUGUCCAUCAGCAGAUGAUCGACCUACUGCGCGCUCAACGCUACCGUGAUCUCCAGCGCGGGACCAGUAUCCCGAUGUCCCGUCCCUUCCACUGCAAUCACUGCCACUCCAGCACACACCCUUCCCCCCUCUGCCCCUUCCCGGCCAUGACCGGCUGGCUUGGACCCACCAUACCGGCACCGACCCCGCCCGGAAGUGGACCUCGAGGGAGAGGUCGCGGCGGAAUGCGAAGCAGAGGAGGACAGCGAGGCGGACGGGGUUCCCGCGGUUUCUAA